AAGUCUCCCUCAAGUCUUACAUACCAAGUCUCUCUGUCUGUCUGUUUGUUUGUUUAUUUAUUUGUUGGUUUAUUUGUUUGUUUGUCUGUUUGUGUGUGAGGGAGAGAGAGUGCUACGCAGUGGGGGGCGCAGCUAUGGCGGCCUCAUUGCUGGACUGGCUGCGCGCCUGGUUCGAUCCCAAAGAUCUUGUCGAAUCUAGGGAACUUGUGAAGAAGCUUAACUUGCCUGAGUCUACGUCGCAGUUCGUGAUGGCAUUGCGACCUAAGGACUCGCCAGAGUCGGUUGUAUAUCUGCUUUCUAGCUGGUAUUUUUCGGAGAAGGCUGUCAGGGAUGUUAGGGAAUUAAUUGCGAAAGCGCAGCCGAAGGCUGUUGUUGCCUUAGUAGACUUGGAGUCAAUAGAUUCGUUCAGGGAGGAGGAGAGAUUGGCGGCAAAGGAUGGCGUGCCGGUUGAAGUGCCGACGUCGAGUUUCGACGUGGUGCGGGAGAAUUUUGAGCGGGAUCCAAUUGUGCCGUAUGAUAGCAGGGCGCGCGUGAGGCUUGCGAAUUCCAUCUUCGGGACGGGAGCGUAUGGUGAUGUGUUGGAAGCGAAAGAGGCUGCGGCGAAAGUGAAUGCGUUGUUUCGCUAUAUCGACUAUCCCUACCGAUCGUCUGCCCACCCCCAACCCCCAGCAGAAGGUGAAAGCUCUACUCCCGCUGAAACCCCUAGCACCAGCCCGGAUCCUGUGCAAGAUUCAUCUCGACAGAAUCUCCUGGCCAAUGAUAAUCGCGUUUUAGAUGCUUUGAAUUCCGAAGUAACGAGGCGUGUCACGGAGGGAUUGCGACGGAUGGUGACAGAAUCUCCGCUUGCUGAAUUGCAUCAAUGGAGGAAGUCGACAAGUCAGGCCCUAGCACAAAUGUUCGGUCAUAAUACAAGCUUGUCUGAUACGAAACCUACUACAGAGAGCACUGAGCCCUCGAAAGAAACGUCGGAAGAAGCAUCUGAUCAUCCAAAAUUAGCGCUUCCUUUCCUUCCUAUUUUCGAAGCGUUUCACGGACUAUUUCGAAUGCGUGAAAAUAUUGAUGCGGCUUCGCACGCACUGAAUGUGUGUCAAGCCGUGGAAAGGGGCCAAGAGGUCAGCUCUAAUGACCUCCGAAAGGCUUCUAUGUUUCGAAUUUUUGUGGAGAUAUGCCGGGUGCGAAUGAAUAAUUCAAUUUUAGCAUCUGCUCGCAAGGUACCAAGUCGCUCUGCAGCAGAAUUUUACGACCUUCCAUAUGAAGAUAAGAGCCAUGCUAUCUUAGCUCAGUCCCUGCAAAAAGAAGCACGAGAGCAUGGAACAGUAGUGGCAGUUGUAGAUGUGAAUCGUGUGGCUGGGAUUCGCCAGCAGUGGAACCAACAAAUCCCUGAGGAUUUCAUUCCACUCAUUGAUGAGUGCUACGUCUCCACAGAUGAAGUUAAAGAAGUAGACUUUCUUGAAACGUUGUUUUCAUUUGGAGAGAAAACGUCUCAUCAUUCAGAAGCUAGCCAAGAGAAGAAAGCCGCUGUUGUUGUUGGUGCAGGUGCAGCUGCUGCAGUUGGUCUAGCAUAUUUGCCUCACUGGGCUGGCCCGUUAAGUCCCCUGGUGAAGUUUGUCUUAGCGAAGUCUACCACACUAUUCAAGAUUGGAUUCUUGAACAGCAAACGUUCCCUUGCUCUUACAGUUGCUAAGGGAAUGCCUGGAGCGUCAAAAAUUGUUCUUCCAGUGAAGGCUUCAGCUGCAAAAGUUACUUCCGUAUCCGCUGGAAAAGCUGCACUUACUGCUGAAAAAGCUCAAGUGGCUUCACAGGGACUCGUAUCAGGGCUGCAGAGGCAAUUUCUUCAAGCAAUUCGCACAAAUUUCUACAACGCUAUGAGGGAGAGGCAAAAGAAAAAAUUCAGUCGAGGUGCUUGGGUUAUAUUUGGGAGCAGCAUGAUGGCAGGGGCUGGCAUAUUAUGGUAUGGAGAUAGCAUUGAGAGGGGUCUUGGUGCUGUUUGGGGUGCCAGCGAUGCGGCUCAAAUUGGACGUGGUUUGCAGUCUUUAUCUGAAGCAGAAAAAAAGACCAAGCAUAACUGGGAUGCUGUUUACAAUGAGGUGUAUAGAAGUGAGAACAGUGUCAGCGCAAGGCUGAAGAAAAAAUUUGGUUAUGGACCAUGAUUCCAAGAAUUUAUUAUAUGUCAGAUGUUCCUGAGUAAGACCACUCUGACAUUAUUUCAUCAGAGCCUGAAGAUUUGACCCUUCAUGGAGUUAGACCUGGCAGGUCGCAGCGAAGCAUCCCAUUUACAAGCACUGGCUGAAUUUUCGAUAAGCUUAAGCUUUGCACGCUGUACUGAUUGAAUAGAGCCUCCAGCUAUUACAAAAUGUUUUUUUAGUUCUACCCUUGCCAGAUGAUGCAAGUGGGGAUGAAAUGGUAGACCCGAGUGACUUUGCUACCUAAGCCAAGUAAUCUCCUGUUAUUUGGUGUGUGUGUUGAACAGUAGGGCAGGCUCGGUCACUGCAACUCCUGCUGCAGUAGGUAAAACUGUCUUGAUCUUAUCAGCACCCCUCGAUUACACGGUUUGAUGAGAGCGCAUGACACAUCGAACGAAGAAACUAAACACCGACUGGAACCUAAAAUAGAUGUGAAGUGUUACGUCCAAGUUUUAGUGGAUUUUUGUUUCCUGCUGCUCAAACCGAGAUCCUUGCAGAAACCUGGAAGCAAAUGCUAAAGGCUUUUGCUAACACGCUGUGGAUUCUUUACACUUAUGUGUAGAGAAAUCUUGAAGAUGCUCAUUUCUGGAAUGUUUAUACAACUUGGCCUUUUGAAUGAAAAUUUAUCAUGAAGAUGUCCCUUCCCAGUA